UUGAGCAAGCAGGAGGUCCAGGAGCUCUACCUCAGAGAGGCUGAGAUGCAGAACGAGAGCUCUGUGUGGUUCUCAGGUUGCCCUUGAUGCCUGACUUGGACGUGUGCCCAGGGCUCAGGGUUCUGUCCUCCUCAUCCUCUGGCCCCUGGCUCCUGAAGAGCUGGCCUGGGUCCCCCUACCCCCUUGGGGGUCAGCUGUGGAGCAGGGCCAGCAGCUCUGGGCUCUCUAGGAGGGGGAACAGUAUGUCGGCGGGCGGCAGGAAAAGUGCUGGGAGACCAUCCUACUACUACCGGCUGCUGAGGCGAUCGCGUCUGCAGAGACAGAGGAGCCGGUCCAGGAGCCGAAACAGGCCAGCUAGCCGGGAGUCGCCCCAAGAAAGGUCGGGGCAGCGGCGCACCAUGCCCAGCAACCUCUCGGAUAGGAGCCCCAGCAUGGAGCCUUCAGCUACGACACCGUUCCGAGUAACGGGCUUCCUCAGCCGCCGGCUCAAAGGCUCCAUCAAACGGACAAAGAGCCAGCCCAGGCUCGAUCGCAACAACAGCUUCCGCCACAUCCUCCCUGGGUUCCGGAGCGCGGACAAUGAGAGUCUACCUUUCUGGAGUCACAGCCUGGUUUGGAAGAGGCAUCUGGAGUUUCUGCUGACCUCCUGCCCCAUGGCUGGUCUAGCACUGUCACCAGUGGUCGUGGUCCAUCCGGAGAGGAAGAUGGCAGCACCUCUGCUGUCUAUCUGUCCUAUCCCCUCCCACUUACAAGUGUGA